AUGGACUGCACAAUCACUGCACACAAUUCAAUAAUCAUCGACAGGAUGAUACAAGUGAUCAAAACACCCACGAUUUCGAUUGACACAAUGCAUGCGGUUUGUAUCCAGGUGGUUUCUACCGACAAGACGGCAAUUCUUGAGUUUACUCUUGCAAACUGCAUGUUUGAAGACUUAGCUUUGAAGAAUAAGCAUGUAUCGAUUCCAAGACAAAGAUUCUACAUGAAGAAGAUGAAGCAUCUGAGAAUAACUACGAAUGAAUAUGUGAUGGUGUUUGAGUAUGUGUUCGAAGGGUAUGUGUUUAGAAGGAGUGUUUUUCAUGCAUGUGCACAGCCAUUUGAGAUUGGAUCUGAGCCAAGAAUGUAUGCAACAGAUCUUGAUCCAGGCAUGAUGAAGACCAUGUGCAAGGAAAUUCAGAAUGAAAAGGUUGAAGUAAGAAUAUCAAAUGGAAUGGGAGAAGUAAGCGGCAACAAGUCAAGGGUUAGAUUUAGGCUGGAUUGUGCAGAUGAGUGGAAGGCGAAAGGAAUAGGAAGGAACCUCAGGAAUAUUUUUGAAAUAUCUGACCUAUUCUGUGCAAUGAAGAUGGAAUAUGGGCCACAGAGCUCGUCUAUGAAAAUUGUGCUUGUGGGAGAUGAAAUUAAAGCAAGCUUUUUUACUGCAGUAUGUAUAAGCAGCAAAGCAGAUGAAUUUUAG